AUGGCUUUAGGAUCUCUAGUAUGCUUAUCAGCUUUGUUGUUGAUCCCCCUGUCCACUGUGUCUGCUGCUUCUUCUCCAGGUCUGACCGAGAGCAGCAACAACGACACUGACCUCACUGCACUUCUGGCUUUCAAAGCGCAGUUCCAUGAUCCUGACAACAUCCUUGCUGGCAACUGGACCCCUGGCACGCCGUUCUGCCAGUGGGUGGGCGUCUCGUGCAGCCGCCAUCAGCAGCGUGUCGUUGCCCUGGAGCUGCCGAACGUUCCCCUGCAAGGAGAGCUCAGCUCCCACCUCGGUAACCUAUCUUUCCUCUCCGUCCUCAAUCUCACCAACACUGGCCUCACAGGCUUGUUGCCGGAUGACAUAGGAAGGCUGCAUCGCCUGGAGCUCCUUGAUCUUGGCCACAAUGCCAUGUUAGGUGGCAUCCCAGCCACCAUAGGGAACCUCUCCAGGCUUCAGCUUCUUAAUCUCCAGUUUAACCAGCUAUCUGGUCGAAUCCCAACAGAGUUGCAGGGCCUGCGUAGCCUUAUCAACAUAAAUAUCCAGACGAAUUACCUCACUGGCUUGGUACCAAACGACCUAUUCAACCAUACGCCUUCAUUGCGUCGCCUGAUCAUGGGCAACAAUAGCCUGUCAGGACCAAUACCAGGUUGCAUCGGCUCCUUGCACAUGCUUGAGUGGCUUGUCCUACAGCACAAUAAUCUCACAGGCCCAGUGCCACCAUCCAUCUUCAACAUGUCUAGGUUAACUGUUAUUGCUCUUGCCUCGAAUGGCUUAACUGGCCCUAUCCCGGGCAACACAAGUUUCAGCCUCCCGGCACUACAACGGAUCUACAUUAGUAUAAACAAUUUUACUGGUCAAAUUCCAAUGGGACUGGCAGCAUGCCCAUACCUUCAAACCAUUUCCAUGCAUGACAAUCUAUUCGAGGGUGUUUUGCCAUCAUGGCUGUCCAAGUUGAGGAAUCUCACUGGCCUCACCUUGAGUUGGAAUAACUUUGAUGCUGGUCCGAUCCCUGCAGGACUUAGCAACCUCACCAUGCUGACUGCACUAGAUCUCAACGGUUGCAACCUAACAGGAGCCAUCCCGGUGGAUAUUGGACAGCUAGACCAACUUUGGGAGUUACAACUUUUAGGGAACCAACUAACAGGACCGAUUCCAGCUUCUCUUGGCAACCUGUCUUCAUUAGCACGCCUGGUAUUGAACGAAAACCAGUUGGAUGGAUCGGUUCCAGCAUCAAUAGGGAACAUUAACUAUUUAACAGACUUUAUUGUCUCGGAAAACCGUUUACAUGGGGAUCUCAACUUCCUUUCUACGUUUUCCAACUGUAGAAAUCUUUCCUGGAUCUAUAUUGGCAUGAAUUACUUCACUGGAAGCAUCCCAGAUUACAUUGGGAACCUAUCAGGUACACUGCAAGAAUUCAGAUCACAUAGGAACAAGUUAACUGGUCAACUUCCACCUUCCUUUUCGAAUUUAACUGGCCUUAGAGUGAUAGAACUUUCAGACAACCAACUGCAAGGGGCAAUUCCAGAGUCAAUCAUGGAGAUGGAGAAUCUCCUUGAGCUUGAUCUUAGUGGAAAUAGCUUGGUUGGCUCCAUCCCAUCAAAUGCCGGAAUGCUAAAGAAUGCAGAACAUUUAUUCCUUCAAGGCAACAAAUUCUCUGGCUCCAUACCAAAGGGCAUCGGCAACCUCACCAAGUUAGAGAUCCUAAGGUUAUCUAAUAACCAAUUAUCAUCCACUUUACCACCCAGCUUAUUUCGUCUUGAAAGCCUUAUCCAGCUAAAUCUGUCUCAAAACUUCUUGAGUGGUGCAUUGCCAAUUGAUAUAGGCCAACUGAAGCGAAUAAACAGCAUGGAUCUAUCCAGGAACCGCUUUCUUGGGAGCCUCCCUGAUUCGAUUGGGGAACUUCAGAUGAUAACCAUCUUGAACCUAUCAACCAAUUCAAUCGAUGGUUCGAUUCCAAAUUCUUUUGGCAACUUGACAGGCUUGCAAACUUUGGAUCUAUCUCACAACAGAAUUUCGGGUACAAUCCCAGAAUAUCUGGCCAAUUUUACCAUCCUCACAAGCUUGAACCUGUCUUUCAACAAUCUGCAUGGUCAGAUACCAGAAGGAGGUGUCUUCACAAACAUCACGCUACAAUCCUUGGUGGGAAACCCAGGGCUAUGUGGUGUUGCCCGUUUAGGAUUUUCACUGUGCCAAACCUCUCACAAAAGAAAUGGCCAAAUGCUAAAAUAUUUACUUCUCGCUAUAUUCAUAUCAGUUGGAGUUGUAGCUUGUUGCCUAUAUGUAAUGAUUAGGAAGAAAGUUAAGCAUCAAGAGAAUCCUGCUGAUAUGGUUGACACUAUAAAUCAUCAAUUACUCUCAUAUAAUGAGCUUGCUCAUGCUACUAAUGAUUUCAGUGAUGAUAAUAUGUUGGGGUCUGGAAGCUUUGGAAAAGUUUUUAAGGGUCAGCUGAGCAGCGGUUUGGUGGUUGCCAUAAAAGUUAUACACCAGCAUCUGGAACAUGCCCUGAGAAGCUUUGAUACUGAGUGCCGUGUUCUUCGAAUGGCUCGACAUCGCAACCUGAUAAAGAUACUGAACACAUGUUCCAACCUGGACUUCAGAGCACUGGUUCUUCAGUACAUGCCCAACGGAAGCUUAGAGGCACUCCUACACUCUGAUCAAAGAAUGCAAUUAGGUUUCCUUGAGAGGUUGGACAUUAUGCUAGACGUGUCGCUGGCAAUGGAAUACCUGCACCAUGAGCACUGCGAGGUGGUCCUGCACUGUGACUUGAAGCCUAGCAACGUACUAUUUGAUGAUGAUAUGACAGCACAUGUGUCAGACUUUGGCAUUGCAAGGCUGCUGUUAGGUGAUGAUAACUCCAUCAUUUCUGCUAGCAUGCCAGGAACAGUUGGGUACAUGGCACCAGAGUACGGGGCCCUUGGUAAAGCGUCACGGAAGAGCGAUGUAUUCAGCUAUGGGAUCAUGUUGCUUGAAGUGUUCACUGCGAAGAGACCAACAGAUGCUAUGUUUGUGGGAGAACUAAACAUCAGGCAGUGGGUUCUUCAGGCAUUUCCUGCAAACCUUGUCCAUGUCGUAGAUGGCCAACUUCUACAGGACAGCUCUUCUUCUACCAGUAGCAUUGAUGCCUUUCUUAUGCCAGUGUUUGAGCUGGGCUUGCUCUGCUCGUCUGACUCGCCAGAGCAAAGAAUGGUGAUGAGUGAUGUUGUUGUGACGUUGAAGAAGAUUAGGAAGGAGUACGUCAAGUCGAUAGCAACUAUGGGAAGAGAUGAGAACCAAACAGCAGUGUUCCAUUGA